AGUCCGUUCAACUUCAACAAGAUAUAAACAAAAAUUGUGCAGUGAUUGUAGUGGGCGUAGUCACUAGCGCCUUUUAUCUGAUAAAUUCAUUGAUUAUAAAAGAUAAGGCCCUAAUGCUGUAGCGACAUUGUACUAGAUAAAAAUAUAGGGCUACUCUGAUAAAAAGAAUGCAAAUACAUCACAUUUAGGGCACAGUGUAAUGUUUUGUUCUUCAGUAACUUGAGUAACCAGAUUUUCAUAUAAAUUGUAAGAUUAAUAACGUUUUCUUGGUCUUGCUUUAUUUAUAAAGUGAUUAUAAAAUAAGUAUAAUUCAUGAAAGUGCUUAAGUUCGAAUAAAAGUGACUCAAACUACAACUUACAUUGACUAUGUGAUUCAUCAAAACAUUUCUCUAAUUACUGUGUGUAAAGUGCUUGUGAUGCGAGAAAAAUGUUCCAGAAAACAUUAUUAGCCCUUUUUCUGACUGCUAACGUGCAAUGCCAAUCGAACAAAGACUUAUACAAUGGACAGUAUAACAACGAAUUUUAUAAAACGCAAAGAUUGGACAGUUCUCAAGAGACAAGACUGCCUAAUCCUGGAGACAGUGAUUACAGGACUUAUGUGUACAACAGUAGGAGAUAUGGGACUGAUCCAACCCGGUACAAUCCUUUCAACCCUAGUAUAAACCAGCCGGGAGGUUUUCCAUACAAUCCCCUAAAUACAAACCCUUUGGAUGACUCAUACAAGUUUAACACACCCCAAGACCCAAACAACCCAGAUGCCCUGUUCCCGGGAGUGCUCGGGGGCUGGAGAGAGGACCUCCAAGGCAGGGAGCGGCGGGACUCACGGAUGCUCAAGCGAGACAUCUUUGUUAACACUAACUAUGGACAAGUGCAGGGUUUUAAGGUCCACUUAUAUGACAAUCCAGAUCCAGACUCAGGAUACAGACCCUGGUUGACCCCAGUAGAAAGGAUACAGGGAGAGGCCUCAGUUUUCCUGGGGAUUCCUUAUGCUAGACCUCCUGUUUUAGAUGGAAGAUUCAAGCCCCCUCGGCAGCACCCAGGUUGGCAGCUCCUCCAGGCCGUAGACUGGGGCCCCGCUUGCCCCCAACCAGUUAGGUUCACCGGGGCAACCAAAGGCAUCCGCGACAUGGACGAAGAUUGCCUGUACCUCAACAUAUUCUCGCCUAAUACGGAAGCAGGCACCACAGCCCAGAAAUACCCAGUAAUGGUAUACAUCCACGGCGGGCAGUUCUCCUCGGGAGCUUCGAACCUGUUCCCCGCGCAUAUGCUCGCGGCCUUUUACAAGGUCGUUGUGGUUUCCAUCAACUACAGGCUUGGCGCUCUUGGCUUUCUCUCCACCGCCGACGACAACUCCCCUGGCAACUACGGCAUACUCGACCAGGCGAUGGCCUUACGAUGGAUCCGAGACAACAUAGAUCCGUUCAAUGGGGACCGCAAUUCCAUCACCCUUUUCGGGCCAGGCGCAGGCGCCGCCUCUGCUGGUUUGUUGGCCUUAGCGCCGACCACAAGGGAUAUAGUCACCGGCAUCAUAGCUCAGAGCGGCUCAGCGCUCGCAGACUGGGCGAUGAUAGAAGACAAGUUUCGCGUGCAAAACACCUCGCUCGUGUUCGGCCGUCUACUGGGCUGUCCCAUUGACUCUUCAUGGAAAUUGGUCAACUGUCUGCGUCAAGGUCGCAGCUUCUACGAGCUGGGGAACGCUGAAUUUGAGCCUCACGUCGGCUUCAUCCCCUGGGGUCCAGUCUACGAGAACAACUUCACAUACCCUGCAGACGGCUGGUACGAGGGCUGGAGGGAACGAGACUGGCACUUCCUGGACGCCAUGCCCGAAGACCUCAUCCGCAGGAGGCAGUUCAACCCCGCGCUGCGAUACAUGACCGGUGUCACUACGCAGGAGGCGGCCUACGUGCUGUAUAACAACCAAUCUCUAGCCCCCAACUUCGAGAUAUCAGAGACGUGGUUCAACCAGAAAGUGCAAGAGCUGGUAAAGCGGUACAACUACACGCUGAACCCGCGGGGAGUGUACGAAGCGAUCCGAUACAUGUACACGUACCACCCUGAGCCGCACAACGUCAGCGCCAUCAGGGACCAAUAUGUGCACCUCCUUUCGGACUUUCUAUACCGCGCACCUACCGACAAGAUGGUGAAACUCCUCCUCGAACAAAAAGUCCCUGUCUACAUGUACGUCCUGAACACAACAGUAGAAUCCUACAACUGGCCCCAAUGGAGACAGUACUCACAUGACAUCGAACAUUACUUCCUAACUGGGGCUCCGUUCAUGGACCUAGAGUUCUUCCCGAGGAAGCAGAGGAUCGAGAGGCAGAUGUGGACGCCGAAUGAUCGGAAUAUGAGCCAUUUCUUUAUGAAGGCGUUCUCGGAUUUCGCGAGAUUUGGCAACCCAACCCGCACAAGAAUUCUCGGCGUGCACUUCGAACAAGCGACAGAAGGUCAACUCCGCUACCUCAACCUCAACACCACGUACAACUCGACCAUCCAGCUCAACUACCGACAGACCGAACUGGCCUUCUGGACGAUGUAUCUACCAAUGGUAGUGGGCCGGUUCGUGCCAACCUACCCUCCGAUCACUGAGUAUUGGUGGGAGCCGAAGCAACCGCUCCAAAUUGCCUUUUGGACUGUGUCGGUAGCGUGUCUCCUGCUCAUCGUGUUGGUUGUCGUAUGCUGUAUGUUGUGGCGGAAUGCUAAAAGAGAAUCUGACCGCUUCUACGACGGCGACAUUUUCAUGGUUCCCGAAUUAGACGAAAGUGGCAUCGACAACGCGACGCGGUCGCGCGACAAUAUCUACGAGUACCGCGACGUGCCCGUCAAGAAACCUCACACUCCGCCCACCCUCAGCCGCGCUACGUCCCAGCCGGCGACGCUGGCCACGUUAUCGACUAGGCCGCCGUCAGCCGCGUCCACAGGCUCCGCCCUGUCCCUGAAGGAGGGCCUCGUCUCCAGCUCGCCCGCGCCCGCGCCCGCGCCGCCGCUGCCCCGAGCGCGCUCCAGGACGCAGAUCGUGAAGGGAGUGCCGCAAACCACCGUUUAAACCAGCGGAAAAUUA